AUGGCAACGGGACCUGCUUCAAAAAGUAAACGAAAUGUAGGCUCUAGUGCUAGCCUUCAUCGUAACAAUGUUCCAACUCGUCUUGACAUCCCAACCACCGCCCUUACUCCUUCCUCUUCAGCACCUUCAUCUCUUUCUCCACUUGUUGUCCCAGCUCAGGCUUCAAAUGGUCAGAUGUUAACUAACGAACUUAAGACCGCAAUUUGUGCAAGUGCAAGUGGAAGAAUAACACCACAACCCUUUGAAAGCGAUUCAAGUGGAUUCUCGAGAGAUGAUGUACUUCCACUUGACGAUGAUUCUACGAAAAUCAACUCUGCGCAUUUGCAAGAAUUAGAGAAACUAGGAGAAGGAUCUGGUGGUACGGUGACCAAAGUAUAUAAUACGGCUACAAAAGUUUUAAUGGCCAAAAAGAAAAUCAACGUUGAUCCUAAUAUACAUAAACAACUUCUUCGUGAAAUCCGAUUCAUUAGUAAAUGUCAUUCACCAAAUAUCGUUACUUAUUAUGGAGCUCAUAUGGAAGAUGAUAAUUCUUCAAUUUCUAUCUUGAUGGAAUUUUGUGAGGGUGGAAGUUUAGAUGUAAUUUAUAAACAUGUUAAUCAAAGACAAGGAACAAUUGGUGAACCAAUCUUGGGAAAGAUUGGAGAAUCGGUAUUGAAAGGAUUGGUUUAUCUUUAUGAACAACAUAUUAUUCAUAGAGAUAUAAAGCCAUCUAAUAUUUUGGUAACAAGACUCGGUGAAAUAAAAAUUUGUGAUUUUGGAGUGUCAGGUUAUUUAGAAUCAUCAUCUGUCAACACUUUUUUGGGUACUAGUUAUUAUAUGGCCCCUGAACGUAUUAAAGGUCAAAAAUAUAAAGUAUCAGCUGAUGUAUGGUCUUUAGGAUUGACGAUAAUGGAAGUCGCACAAAACAAAUUUCCUUAUCCUACUGUUGCUCCAAUUGAAUUAGUUGCACAUAUAGUCAACUUGCCAGCACCUGUGUUAGGUGAUGAUUACGAAUGGAGUAGUGAGCUUAGAGAUUUUUUGAACGUUUGUCUGGAAAAGGAUGGUGAGAUAAGACCAACACCAAAGCAAAUGCUUGAUCAUCCAUUUAUUCAAAAAUCAUCAAGUAGAGAAGUUCCUUUACGAAAAUGGAUUAAAGAAGUUUGGGAAUGGGAUGAUUAA